UCGAGGUGGAAGGACGUCACCUCUCCGUCUGUCGCGACCCGUGCGUGUUGACUCUCCGCCUCACGCCACCUUUCAACUUAAAGCUUGACCUCCGAUGGUACUUCAGGUGACCUUGUUGACAGGAGCGUAAUGUCAGUACCAAACGCUCUACGAAGAGGUGAAUGCGACUUUUAGACAUAAAGAGAGAGAGAGAAAAAAAGCUUGAGCAAUUCAAAGGCGAUGAGACACACAAGUGACAUUGACCACACAUUAUCUGUUACCAUCAAGAGUUCUCCCUUUAACAGACUUAAAAGCCCAGAUACCAACAGUUAUGGGAUGGCAAAAGUAUGAGUUACGCCAAGACGAUAAAAGGAAGUGGGGAGGCAGUCAAGAUUUUGUGAAGGAUGCUUGAUAUCUAGACUCCGCCGAAAGGAAACUCAAAGAUCUAAAAAGAACAGUCUCGGAAGGAAUCCUCCCUGAGACCAUGUAACGCGACCGCAAGAGGACGAGAGGAUGCAUUGUCCGAAACCGCUGACCGGGACUUUGCACAGCCGUUGUCUCUGCUUCGCUUCCGGACGCUGAGCCGUGAGUCCGGACGCUGAGAUGGCGGGUUGGCCGGCCAAGUGGGUGUGCGUGGUGUGGGCGUGCCUCGUCAGUGUGACGCGGGCCUUCUGUCCCACUGUGUGUAACUGCGACGACACGGUGCCCAGCGCGCGCUGCGUGGGCGUGGGCAUCAACGUGGUGCCCAUCCUGUUCAACCCGGGGCUGCGGCGCCUCAACCUUGCGCACAACAUCAUCAGCUCCGUGGCGCAGGCGCUCGUCUUCUUCGACCGCCUGGAGGAGCUGGACCUGUCGCACAAUGUCCUCACCUCGCUGGGCGUCGGCGACCUGGAGGCGCAGUCGCAGCUGCAGGAGCUCCGCCUCGCGCACAACAACCUGACCCACCUGAAGCCCGGGGCCUUCAAGGGCCUCGCGUCCCUCACCCUGCUCGACCUCAGCCACAAUGGCAUGCCGGACCUGCCCGCGGGCGUGCUGGCGGACAUGCCGCUGCUGACGGUCCUCCUCCUCGCCCACAACAAGCUGCACUCGCUCACCCAGAACACCUUCCGCGGCCUGCGCAGCCUCCACGUCCUAGACCUGUGUGAUAACUACUUCCGGCACGUGCCCUCCGCGGCGCUGGGGCACCUGCAGACGCUGAAGUCUCUCCACCUCUGCCGGAACCGCCUCACGCGCCUCGACGUCGACACCUUCAACACGGAGGGCCUGACCUCCCUGUCGCUCGACACCAACAACAUCGACUACAUCGCCGACACCGCCUUCCACCGCGUGCAGCGCCUGCAGAAGCUGAACCUCAGCGACAACCUCCUCCGCGACGUCCCCGUGACGGCGUUGGCCUCGCUCGUCAUGCUCGACUCGCUGAUUGUGAGCAAGAACAACUUCACGGCGCUCGGGGAGGGCGCCUUCCGCAGCCUCAGCCGCCUGGUGACGCUCGAGGUGUCCCGGUGCCCGCGCCUGGCCGCCCUGCACCCCGCGGCGCUCGACAGCUGCGUCAGCCUCCAGAGUCUGACCAUCUCCCACAACCCCUACAUCCAGCAUCUUCCAGUGAGACUCCUCAGCGCGCUACCUCGCCUCCACACCCUCGACCUCCGCGCCAACAGCCUCCGCAGCGUGUCGGAGGCCAGCAUGCCAUGGGGAUCCCUGGCCCGCCUCGACCUCCGGGACAACCCGCUGGUGUGCAACUGCUCCAUCCGGUGGCUGGCGGCGCUGCUGAGGGCCUCCAACACCUCCCUCGCCGCGCCGGACCUCCAGUGCGCCGCGCCGGAGAAGCUCAAGGGCCUCUACCUCUCCAGGUUGAGCCCGAGUGAGCUGCUGUGCCUAGACCAAGUGCAGGUCGUGGUGGGAAUUGUGGUCGUGACAGUAUCGACGGUCCUCCUGGUCGCCCUCUCCGUCCUGCUUUGUCGGUACAAGCGGCGUCACCAGCGGGAUAAGCUCGGGCGUGGCUGGCCCCCUGGCCCCCUGGCUCCGUGGCCUCCCGAUGAGCACUCGGCCCCCACCAGGCACAUCAUGGCUGACGAAUACGUGUACCACACCUACUCCUCCGUCAGGAAGAUCCCCGUCACCAAAGUCUGAUAGUGUCCUCGGCCGCAGUCACGUGACCCCGGGCCUCGAGCUGACGUGUGUGCCGUGACCUAACUGGGCGCCUCGGCUUCCGGGGAGCGAGGCGCGAUGGAGGCGUCGGGCUCUCGGUCCGUCAGGAGGCGAGACCGACCUCGAAGUUGCCUGAGGAGCGAGACGUCGCCUGUGGCUUUCCCGCAACUUUCACGAUGUGAUAUAUGUAUCCACGAAACGACUUAUCGGGUUGAAGAGAAGUCAGCCAGGAAAAUUCCAGGAUAAUAUCUGCCAAACUUGUUGAAUACGAUGUCUGUGUGCAUUCUCUCGACGCUGUGAACGCGCUGUGCAUGACUGACGUUAUGUUUGUGUCUACCGCGUGAAUACCAACCAGCGAUACGAAUGUAAUUACAGUAGGCCUUUGAAUACAUUCAGUGCUGGUUUCAAGGCAGCGUCGUUGGUGACGUAGGCUGCCCCAGCGGACCUCGCGUCAGGGUCCUGGCAGCUGCCCGUCAACCAGCUGUCGACAUUCGCCUGUCCACCUGUUUGGCAGGAGGUUGAAAUGCCAGCGACACUCGUAUGGGACUCGUGGUAUCGCUGAUUCUAUUCUCCACACCAGGAUAAAUAAAGGAGCUUAAACUGUGG